CAUUAGUUUACUAGAGGGAAGUUUGUCAUCUCAAGGUUGUUCGUUUCUAAUUCUACUGAUAUUAGUUUGGUGAUCAUUUAUAUCGUUGCUGAAGCGCAUUUGCACAAACAUGAACUAUUCAAGAGAUCCUCCACCACCUUACGAAAGUGCUGCUAAUAUCAAUUCAGCGCCUUAUCCCAAUAUUGGAUUUGCAGCUGGACCGUACUCUGAGCCUGCAGGAUAUCAGGAUAAUCCAUCGGAUCAGGAGCCAAAAUAUAAUCGCAAUGGAAAUUUUACCAGCUUACAGUAUUCUGACAAAUAUGUUAGACAUGCUUUCAUUCGAAAGGUCUAUCUAAUUUUAACGGCUCAGUUGUUAGUAACUUCAGCAUUUGUUUGCGUCUUUCUGUUUUCACCGCCGGUAAAAAAAUGGGUUUCAAAAAAUUCAUGGUUUUAUUAUUUGUCCUAUGCUACAUUUUUAUGCACUUAUAUCGCAUUGGUUUGUUGUCCCAGUGUAAGACGACGAUAUCCUGGAAAUGUGAUCGCUUUAUCUGUUUUUACACUGGCAUUUUCUUAUAUGACGGGUACAAUUACAUCAUUUUAUGACACUCAAUCUGUUCUAGUUGCUGUUGUUAUAACAGCUUGUCUAUGUAUAGCAAUUUCUGUUUUUGCUAUACAAACACGAAUUGAUAUUACAAAGUGUACUUCCUUAAUAUUUGUAUUAAGUAUUGUGGUAAUGUUAACUGGACUUGCUUGUGUCAUUGUUUUUGCUGUAUCCGGACCGAAUCGGAUUUUGCAAGUCGUUUAUGGUGGACUCGCAGCCUUGUUGUUUGGUGUGUAUCUGGCUUUUGAUACACAACAUAUUAUCGGUGGACGAGAGUUGGAACUUAGCGCAGAAGAAUAUAUAUUUGGUGCUUUACAAUUAUACUUGGAUGUUGUCAAUUUAUUCUUAAUUAUUCUAUCAUUUUUUGGUAAUAGAGAUUCAUAAAAAUAAUAAGUCUGAAUAAACGUUCUGAAUAAUUUCGAAAACAUAAAAAGACAAAUAUAGUUACAUCACACUCACAAUACAAAUGAGUAUUACAAUGAAUGAAGUAUUAUUCCCAUCUCUUUUCUUUUUCCGUGUCUCUGUGUGUUUGUAUGUGUGCGUUGUUAAUCAUCCCUAUUCUUCUUUUCAAUUUUCUGUUCAUUAAAAUAAAAAAGAACUGUUUUAUUGUUAUUUUGUAAUUGUUAAGUAAGGUGAUUAUAUCAACUUUUACCAUUGCUAUGGAUGGAUAAUGAAUAAGAUUGUGUACUUCAGAGCUAGAAUAUGACGUAAACAUCAUCUGAAAAUUAAUAUUUCAUCAAAUUCACAUUCUUUCAUCAUUUGUCCUAUCAAUUAUAAGAGUUGUAAUCUCAGUUGGGCCCUUAUAUCAGACUUGAACUUCACGAAUCAUCGACUUAUAAUUGUUGUUGUUAUUAAGAUUAUGAUGAUAUAUUCUGUUUAACAUUACGAUAACACACUUAUUAUUCAUACUUAAAAUAGUAAUCAUACAUCUCUUAGCAGUGAGUAUAUUUCUUGCUCUAAUGCUAAUAUGUUAUUUCUUCAGUUUGUGAACUACAUUUCUAUCCUUUCAAGUUGUCAAUAACAUAUGACAGUAUUUGUCAUAUUUGAAUACUUUGUGUUAUGACAUCCGAGAACUCACUGAAUCCGUAUUCAUAAUAAUUCGGAUUUUUAUUCUAAAGCAAAAAAGGAAUAGGGUAUUACUGUUUCUUACUUUCGACUCUCUCUCUUACACACACACACACACAUGCAUACACCUUUUUCAUGUAAUCUUUUGUUUGUUCGAUUUUGUCCAUUCAUCAAUCGUAAAUACAUGAAGAAUAAAGAUACAAACUAAUAACAAAUGGAUCUUAUUUACCUGUGUGUAUUUUGAUUUCUGGAAUUAUCAUCGCUUGUUUUCCAAUUAAACUUAUUAUAAUAUUUUAUGUGUAUGUCUUUGUGUUACAAUGAAUCAUUACUGAAACACUUACUACUGAUUUAUUUUGUGUGUUUCGUUGCUGUUUUAAAUGAUUCGACUAUGAAUUCAUUGUAUUAUGUAAUUGUGCACAAAAUAUACAGUCAUAAUUAUGUGUUUUAUAUUCUUAAAUCAAUUUAUGGUAGUAAAUAUAUCGUUUGAAUU